AUGGAGAAGCGGUUGUCUGGCAUUUCUGACGCUCAAAUCCUUGGUGGUAGCACAAGGCAACCUAAGCGACGUCAAGGUUUGGUGGGUUGGACUGGUCUGUUUGCCUCCACACGGCACAGUGCUUUCAUCCCUACUAAUCACGUUGUGAAGGAAACCGAAUCUCCCGAUGUUCUGGAACGCAUCGGUACUCAGAAGUCCCCCCAUAAACCACAGAUUUUCGUUGAUCUACGCACGUUUGCCGGAGGAAGUCCUGUGGUAGCACUUAAAGAACGUUUGGACGCUCAGGCGGUUGCCAACGCUAAAGCUUCAGCGUUUGCCGAAGCUGCUGCAAUUUUGGCCGCUGCGAAACAAGCAUCUGCUCGCUCCAGCACCAGCUCUCAGGAUUCAGUAACUCGUGUGCCAAAUGGAAUCGGUGCUCAGGUUGUUAAGCAUGACGCUUGCCCACCAUCGACCUCCACAUCACCGUGUUCUACAACAUCCACGCACAGCGAGCCCAAUCAGAUUACCCAUUCGCCCAACGGAUCUGCCCAGUCUCCCCCAACUCCACCCCUCAGAAUCCACUCCCUUAGGCGUAGCGAAGGGCUGAUUUCAUCGUCUCCUCCCCAGAAACAUGUGGUGUCCAGUCCAGUUCCCGCGCGGUUCUAUACUCCUGCGUCUUCUACCGGCUCGGGAACCGAUACGAGAACAGCACUGGAUCCUUCCAACUGUGAUUCCUGUAUACGCCCUUCUCAGAUUGCCAUUGGUAAUGGCUAUCCGCAUUAUCGCUGUGAAGUGAAGGUUGGCGAACGUGCUGAUGACCCACCUCAAUUCACUCGUGCCUUCCAACCUCCCACAGUGUUUCCUACGACGUCUUCCAAUUCGCCUCAGUCACGUCAUCAUGGCGAUGGACCUCGAUCGUCUGUUACUAUCGCAGACCAGCGGUCUCGUCUAGGCCUCACGACCAACUCUCGCCGGUCUUUGUGGCCAGUGACCUCUUUGUCUUCUCAGGAACAACAGCAAUCUAUGCUUGCCAACUUACACCGAUCAUACAAACCUCAGCAACCUGAACACUCGCCCCAGCCCCGAGAGUACCCGGUUUUCACUUCCUCGCAAGCGCCGUUACAUGUUGCAGUCGCUCCCUCAUCUACCGGCAGGUCUUCUGCCCCAGCUCCUGUGAAUGCUCUUGUCCCCACCGAGAUUGCUUCCCUUCCUGGGUGGUCUGCCGCUCCAACGUCUAAUCGAUUCGGAGGAAUUGGCUCCGGUGUAAUGUCUACAUCCACCUUAUCGGCUGAAACUCCAACCCCCACAGCGACACCCACUCCUACUCCAACUCAGACACCACAGCCAAUACAGUCCAGCAAUUCAAGUGUUAAUGCGCCCUCCUGGCCGGGACCACGCAAAGAAUGGGAGGCGCUCAGACAGGCACCGUGGUUUCAAGGUCUUUUGCCGCGAGAACUGGCCUUCGAACUGUUGGCACAGAAAGAGGUGGGUAGUUUCCUCGUCCGGAAUAGUGCAACCCAUCCGGACUGUUGUGCUUUGUCUGUGCGAGUUCCCACUCAAGACAACUCCUCCGGUAUCACACACUAUCUCAUUCAGCAUACUCCUUGCGGUGUUCGGCUCAAGGGCUUGGAUAAGGAAUGGCCAUCGCUUCACGCUCUCAUCACUCAUUUGACUGUGAUUCCAGAAAUGCUCCCAUGUCCGCUACGGCUGUCCACAUGCACAUCCAAUCCUGUGUUUACACAAGCUGACGAACGCCCCUUUGUGAUACGCUACCGAAAAUCCGAUAUGAAUGGGUCUUGCCCAGUGGACAAUAAGGUGGAUGUUCAUGGCAAGCACUUGUCAAAUGUCGGGCAACCCAACCUCGAGAUUUCAUUGCCUUCUCGCUUCGCGGAACCCACAUCUAUGUCUAACCCCCCACAAUCAACGACUUCGCAUGACUCGUGCGAUUCCCACCCCGGUUGCCACUGCAUUCUCACCAGUGGAGACCAAACCCGUUCCAAUUCGUUCCCCGCAUACGCUGGGGCGGGAGCUACACAUCGUCAGGUCAACCAAUGGCGUUCCAAUUCUCUCGGCAGUGGUGAUAAGGUCACUCCACCGUCAAACAUCACCGAUGUUGUCGUACCCACAGGGUGUCCUGCCCAAACGUCCGUUGGGGAAGAGCAGAAUGCGGAUGUAAGAAACGCUUUUCCAUGCGGUUCAGUGAGUGUCCACCGUGCUCCUGAGGCCGCAUCGGUGCCUAAGACCGACGCACACGAUGAGGACGAGGAGUAUCAGCGCCUAUCCGAUUUUUCUUCUCUUCUAGCCGAUUUAAGACUAGAACCUAGCAGCGAGUUAAUCAACAAGUAA